AUGGGGGAUAGCGCUGUCUUGGUGUCAAAGAAAGUGUUAGCAACUAAUGGUGGCUUGGUGAUUAAUCUUGAUUCACCAACAUCUGGUCCAAGCCCGGCUCGGGGCAGCGCUAGGGAAGUCCCCCAGGGUCCUUGUACAGCUGUAGCCACCAAAACUGUUCAGCGUGACUAUGAAGGACCACCAACAUCUGUUCAGCGUGACUAUGGAGGACCACCAACAUCUGUUCAGCGUGACUAUGGAGGACCACCAACAUCUGUUCAGCGUGACUAUGGAGGACCAACAUCUGUUCAGCGUGACUAUGGAGGACCACCAUCUGUUCAGCGUGACUAUGAAGGACCACCGCCAUCUGUUCGGCGUGACUAUGGAGGACCACCAACAUCUGUUCAGCGUGACUAUGGAGGACCACCAACAUCUGUUCAGCGUGACUAUGGAGGACCACCGCCAUCUGUUCAGCGUGACUAUGAAGAACCACCGCCAUCUGUUCAGAGUGACUAUGGAGGAUCACCAACAUUUGUUCAGCGCGACUAUGGAGGACCACCACCAUCUGUUCAGCGUGACUAUGGAGGACCACCACCAUCUGUUCAGAGUGACUAUGGAGGAUCACCAACAUUUGUUCAGCGCGACUAUGGAGGACCACCGCCAUCUGUUCAGAGUGACUAUGAAGAACCACCGCCAUCUGUUCAGAGUGACUAUGGAGGACCACCAACAUCUGUUCAGCGUGACUAUGGAGGACCACCAACAUCUGUUCAGCGUGACUAUGGAGGACCAACAUCUGUUCAGCGUGACUAUGGAGGACCACCAUCUGUUCAGCGUGACUAUGAAGGACCACCGCCAUCUGUUCAGCGUGACUAUGGUGGACCACCACCAUCUGUUCGGCGUGACUAUGGAGGACCACCAACAUCUGUUCAGCGUGACUAUGGAGGACCACCAACAUCUGUUCAGCGUGACUAUGGAGGACCACCGCCAUCUGUUCAGCGUGACUAUGAAGAACCACCGCCAUCUGUUCAGAGUGACUAUGGAGGAUCACCAACAUUUGUUCAGCGCGACUAUGGAGGACCACCACCAUCUGUUCAGCGUGACUAUGGAGGACCACCACCAUCUGUUCAGAGUGACUAUGGAGGACCACCAACAUCUGUUCAGCGUGAUCAUGGAGGACCAACAUCUGUUCAGCGUGACUAUGAAGGACCACCGCCAUCUGUUCAGAGUGACUAUGGAGGACCACCACCAUUUGUUCAGCGUGACUAUGGAGGACCACCACCAUCUGUGACAUGGAAAUCAGCUCUCAUAUUGUUAAGUGGGGUCUGA